AUGUUUUCAAUUGAUUGGCAUCAAAAGUUUAUGGAUGUCGUUAUUUAUGCAGCAACGAACCCGUGGCAAUUUCUCUAUUAUAUUUUUCUAUGUUUAACACCUAUGUUUAUCGUAUCUGGUUAUUUAGCAUUUCGUUUAGCUAAAGAUAUUGAACGUAGUGACAAAACUAAACGUGCUAAAAUACAACAAAAAAUAAACAUAGCCAAAGUUCGUAAACAUGGCAAACACGAAUGA